CCGAGUUGUAGAGCGACUGUCUAAAAGUGCGCAUGCGCAGAAGCGCUGCAGUCCGUCACUGUGGGAAAACCCCGUGCGCGCUACAAAACAGCUGAGGGCAACAUUGACAGCACAGUAAGCGUGAGCUUCUCUUGACAUAGCUUAACCUACAGUUCUAAGAGUGGAUUAACGCAUUUAUAGGAGCUAUUGCAUGUGCAGUUAUCUUCUAUUUGAAUACAACAUCGAAGUAUACUAAACAUGCCUGUGUCCAGAAUGCGCAUGAGACCCUGGCUGGAGGCCAGAAUUGACUCCAACACAAUCAAUGGACUUGUGUGGGUCGACAAGGAGCAAAAGAUGUUCUCCAUCCCUUGGAAACAUGCUGCACGCCAUGGCUGGGAGGUUGACAAAGAUGCUUGUCUGUUCAAGCAGUGGGCCAUCCACACAGGUAAACUCAGAGAAGGAGUUACCCCGCCUGACCCCAAAACAUGGAAAGCAAAUUUCCGCUGCGCCAUGAACUCGCUACCAGACAUUGAAGAGGUGAAGGACAAAAGUGUCAACAAAGGCUGCGGAGCAGUGAGAGUGUACCGCAUGCUGCCCGCUGUGGCCAAGAAGAAAAAUAAACGAUCAAAAAAUCGAGACAACAGAAUACGGGCGAAGGUCAAGAUGGAGCACAUGGACACUGAUGAGAUGCACUCUGAUAAGCACUCUUACACACAUAUGGCAAAGGAAAGAAUUACACAGGAAAACACCACUGACAGCAAUGAAAAUCUAAACACUGCCAGCCCUACUGUUGACAUCCCAGGAAUCUCUGGAUAUGAAGUUGAAAUUGGCCCGGAUAGCACAAACGAUAUUUACACAGCCAAGUUCCAGGUCUCACCAGUGCAUUCUACAGAUUUUGAAGAAAACGAAACUGACGCUAUAAUUGAGAUCUCACGGCAAUUGGAACGUGAUAGUUCGCAGUGGCUACAAAACUAUUACUCUGGAAAGAGGUUCUUUGCCAAUGAAGUAGGCACAACAGAAUCUUAUCACAGUCCAGAGAGUCGGUGGAGUGUAAGCUCAGGAGAAGAGCUUGAACUUCAGCUAUAUACUGAACUGAAUCCAAGCCUACCUGAUGAUCCCUUCUUUACUUACACAGAGAUGUGGAACAGCAACACCAUGCCGAUCAUCUGUCCGCUCUGAGAACUCUUGGAACAUGUACAUUUUUAUCUUACCUCAAACUUCCUCUUACAAACUUUCACCAAGGACAGUUGUUUGGAAUGCACUUCACUCAAACUCAACUUUGUACCUCAGUAGCAUUUAGGAGGACAUCUCGAUCCAUGUCAUUCUUCUAAACAUUGGAACACACAAGAAUCUUAUUUGGAAAAAUGUCUAGAAGUAUGCCUGUGACACUGCUAGUUACUCAGGCUACAAUACUUAAUUGAGGAGACAACUCAAAUGUAUUAUUCUACUUGCUCUGAAAAACAGAAAUUUCAAAAAACAGACCUACUGUGUAUUCAGCCUCCUUUGAGUUUUAGUUCUUACAAUAUAAGAACUUGAAUGUGAUGUGAUUUCAUUUAAUGGAUCUUUCAGAACCUCUCCAUUGAAAGGCUAAAAUAAAAAAUAUAUAUUUUUAAAUUAUGGAUUGUGGUGUUGAUGCCAGUUGUACAGAUUUGUUACCAUGUAAUCUCAUUUAAUAUGAAUUUGUUAGAUUCCGUUAUUGUUCAUGUGAGGUUGUUUCGUAUGGAUUGGAUAUGUACACCCACCACUUACAAAAUUAAGCUGUUUGACUUAUGGAAUGGGGUUCUUUACUGUACAUAAUGUAUAUAUUUAUUUGUAAUAAAAAUGAUAAAUUUAUAGUCAUUCAUGCUUAUUUUUCUCAAGGCAAUUAAAUGUUAGAAAUUAUGUCAUAAUGAAAGUAAAACAUUACCCUACGCAACAA